AAUUUGUAGAGUAACUGAUAUCUUCUUCAACCUAUCUUCUUCAACCUAAUUUCAGUUUUCUGGCGGAAAAACUUUGAUACAAUUAGUUUGCUUGGGAAACGUGAAUAUUAGAUUGUAAUCUCGUUUCACAUUCGUUUCCCAUUCGUUUCCGGGAUGAAUUCAGUUUCAAAUACGUCUCUAUUUUUCUGAUACGGUUUUGGCGCGUUCCGAAACGCGUUUCCCGGUUUCCCCCGUUGCAGGACGUUUCGGAAACGAAUAUAAACAAUAAUGUUCGAGGGACCAGUUCGGCAGCUGCUUCUUGGUUAUCUUGGAAAAUACAUCAAAGAUUUCCACCAAAAGCAGCUCAAAAUCACCUUAGAUGAGAUAGUAUUGAAAGACGUGGAACUUAUUCUUGAAGCGUUUGACUACCUUCAGUUGCCGGUUGAUCUCAAGCGAUGUCAUGUCGGCAGGCUAAGAAUAGGAAUGUCUUGGAAAAAGCUGAGUUGGGAGUCUUGGGACCCUAUUGUAAUAAGUUUAGAACUUGAAGAUGUCUUAUUUUGUGCCGGUCCACGCGACGAUCAUGAGUGGAGUAUAGACGCUGUUGAAAGAAGAGAAUUAGCUGCUAAAAAGGCAAAGCUUGCUGCUGCAGAAUUGGAAAAACUGUCAAGACGCGUCUGUGAUAAUCAAGCGGGACAAUCAUUGAUUUCACAUGUGACUGGAAGGAUCCUUGAUAGCAUUCAAGUAUCCAUGAGGAAUGUUCAUGUAGUAUAUUGUGAUAUACAGUCGCAGUCGAUGCUUUUCGGUUUAAGAUUUUCAAGCUUGGAGAUGAAGCAAGCUGCUGAUGGGCCCUUGAGUUCAAAGGCAAGAGGUGGUCAGGUCAACAAAAUUAUAGAGAUCCGUGGUCUGGGAAUUCACUGUAGCACCCUUGAAGGAUUUCUGGGUUCCUUGGGUGUUAAUGGUGUGGGAGAAACUGAAUUGUGGCGACGUGUAGUAACUGAUGUAGAUAAAUAUGACUAUUUAUUGAUGCCCUUUGAUUUAUCUCUUCAGGUAACAAAGUCUGGGAAGCUUGAGUUUAAUGCUCCUCAAUAUUCAGUUGUUUCUGAGCUUACAAAACUGGUCAUGACCAUAAAUCCUGCCCAGUUACAGCACAUAUUGAUGUUUUCAGACUAUAUAUGCACAUGCCGGCUGAGGGAAAAGUAUGGACGCUACCGUCCUUGGGAUUUUCCAUUAUCAAAGAAACUGAAGGGAUGGCAGAAGAGUUGGUGGCACUAUGCUAAAGAAUCAGUUCUUUAUGAUGUUCGUAAGAGACGGAAGGAAACAUCUUGGAGACAUCUUGGGCAAAAAAUAGUUCAGCUGCGGAAAUAUGUGAAUUUGUAUAAGGUCAAAUUGGAUUUCCUUCAGAGGGAGCAGUUAGUUGAUCAAGACACACUAUUGAAGCUGGAGCAAAUGGAGAAGGAUUCUGAUAUUGAGGAUAUCUUACGGUUUCGAUCUUAUGCUGAACGUGAGUUGGAGGAUUCUCAAAGAUCUGUAUCCUCUGAUGCUAUAGAAGGCAGCACUCCUGCAGAGAACUUACCAAAUGAUGAAGUUCCAACUGGUGGAGCUCGUGGAUGGCUGAACUGGUUAUCCCGUGGUAUGCUGGGUGCUGGAGGAACGGAUGAUUCUAGUCAGUUUUCUGGAGUAGUCUCAGAUGAGGUCUUGAAGGACAUUUGCAAAGCUACAAAGUUCCAGCCUAUGCCUUCUGUGACCGUAGCAGCCAAUGGCGUAAAAUUCCUGUUUGCAGUCAAGUUCCACGUUUCUAAGAUGUCAAUAUUGAUAAACAGCACGAAACUGGACCAAGAGAUAGCGGAGUUAAGCUGCUUUGCCACUCAAAUUGAGUUCAAUGUCUGGGAAGAAUCCACUAAGAUCCUAGCGAAGGUUGAGUCUGCAGAGGUCAUUGAUUCAUCGAAACAGAUGGCAAUUCUGCAAAUGCAAAAGGUUUCCACUUGCCAGAAUGUUUUGGAAAGCAAAAAACCUUUCGCAAGCACUAAAGUUGAUAUUUCAGUAAAGAAUCAGAUGGAAGAAUUUCUGUUCAAGGUUAUGAUUCAGCCAGUUGAAAUUUAUUGCGAUUUGAAGUUUCUUCUUCGUUUUGUGGAGUUCUACAGUGUCAUGGAAUCUCACAAAUCCUUGCAGGAAAGGGUCCUUUUGUCUUUGAAUGGGAUUGAAGAUGCCAAUUGUCGACUACAGUCUAAAGCAGAGUAUAUUCUGUCUGGUCGGCAGAGGAUCAUUUGGGAUGUAAAUUUUGUCGAUGUCUCCAUUUGUCUUCCUUGGGAAAAUGUUCAGUCAGAAACACGCAGCAUGACAAUGCUGACUAGUGGUCUACGGUUGUCUUCCGACUUAAAUACCUGUCCGGCUACAUCAAAUAGAGAAGAUCAAUGUCAAACAUCCCUCCUGAAGAAUCGGCUUAGUUUGGAAGAUGGUAAUAAGAUUCUAAAUGGUCUACAGCAUAAUGACAUCUAUGACCACUAUGAAUUGAGAAUUGAUGAUUUCCAGGUGACCUUGAACGAUCCCCUUUUACCUCAAGGAUUGUCUGUAGUUGAGAAAUUCUCUGCUUCCAUUUCACUUGCUCAUUGCCUCAUCCCUGAUGAAAUGAUGCUGAAGCAAUUAGAGGCUUUUUUUGUUGUAUCAUCAACAUCACUUCAUGUACACUUUUCUGCGGUCAUUCAUGAUGCUUUUUUGAGCCUACUUGAACAUCUUCACCUUUUAUCUUCCAAACUAGUCCAGGAGCUAAACUCCCAUCUGCAAAGCAUGACAGCAUGCUAUCCAACAAUGCCAUUUUGUUUCUCAAUAGCUGCAAGCUUGGAACUGUUCAAAUUGGAAAUUGACCUUGGAGAUGAACAACACAAUACCGCAAUGCUGCUUAGUCUACAGCAAGUGAAUUUGAAGUUUGCUCAUAGUGAUGUUCAAGAUUGCUGGGUCUCUAUGAGGGCAAUAAAAAUCACCAGUUACAGACAGACGGAUGAGUGCAAGAUUAUUUGCUCAUCCAGUAUGCCUGAUGAAGAAGACAUUUUGCUUCAACAAUCUGUAAGAAGUGCGAAUGGUGGUAAUUGUGAGUGGAAUGAAUCAUUGGUUGGGUGCUUCCUUUUACAUUAUGUAGUUGACAGAAGUGGGCACUUAAAUCAUAAUAAUUGCUCUCUAUUCUUGAGAAACAUUGAAUUUCAUUGCUACCCCAACAUCGUGCAGUUGUUGGUUGGUUUCUAUGACAAGUUGAUGGUGUAUCAUGGUUUUGGGGUUGUUGACAAUUCUUUCUACCAGAAGUUGAAACCAAAAAACGUUCCUACUUUUAAUUUCCAGAGGUUUGGUGUAUCUAACUUUUGUGAGAAUGGAUUUGCUGAAUGGUCAAGCAUCCCUCUGGAUCAAUUCCCGUUUGUUGCAAUUCGUAAUUCUGGUUGUCUCCGGAAUCUAGAUAGUACCAUCAUUGUUCCCGAAUGGACAAACUUGAAAGUGAGAGAAAAGGAUACCGGAAAUCUCGACAGUAAGAAGAAUCUAAAAACAACAUUAGUGAAGGUUCCCGAGCCAGGUUACAACUGUCUGAAUUCGAGUAACUUUAGCAUGCAGUUAGAUAUAGCCAAUGUUAGCAUACAUUUUCAUGAUUCGUCGUGUGUGUUAGCUAGCAUUGCUCUACCAGUUGGCAAAGCUUCAGUUAUUAGUAACUCUGACCAGUUUGAUGUAUUGUCUUCUGUGGAGGGGCUUACUCUCUUUUCCGAGUGGUGGACAUGUAACUUUCAGGAAUUUCUGUGGGGGCCUUCACACCCUAGCCGUUUUCCUGUGUUAAAUGUACGAAUAAGGAGACGAAGUGCUCACCAUACAACUUCUGAUUUGGAGAUUAGUUUUGGUAUUCAACAUGUUUGUUGUGUUAUACCUCCUGAAUAUUUAGCAAUAUUGAUUGGUUACUUCUCUUUGCCUGAUUGGAGGCCAAAUGAUAGUGAGCAUCAGUCUACCGAGAAAAUUGAACAUGUUGAUUCAGAAAAUAAUGGAUCUAUUGUCUAUAAGUUUGAGAUAAUAGAGUCCAACAUAAUAUCUCCUGUUGAAAGCAAUGAGAAACUAUAUCUGAAGCUUGAUGUACAACAGCUUUACUGCAGUUUUAUUGACAAUGAUGCCUUAGAAAAAGCCUCUAUUGCUAUAUUUUCGGAGUUCUCUAUCCAAGAGGAGAAAUUAGCUUAUAGAGCUCACUCUCUGAAUAUUUUUGGACGGGAUUUGCAUCUGUCUUUAGUGACUCUCAAGGAUUUUGUCUCUGGUGUUUCAAUAUCUGAUAAAAUCCCAGAACAUGAAAGUUGUACUUUAGUUCAAUCGUUUGGUAUUGAUUUCUGGCUAAGGCUUUCAGAAAAUGGGUCAUCUGGAGCAGCCUCUCAAUCUCCAAUAUUUAUUUUGACUAAAAUUGCACACUGUGAAAUUGCUGCUGAAGAUAUCAACUUUCUUUGUGGAUUUGGAGCAUUGGAAGAGGUAAUUGAUCAGUAUUCAUUGGUUGACAAGAAAUCCCAGUAUUUCAAAAGCGACAUUCCUAGAUUUCUUGAAUUAACAAGGUCUCUGAAGGAUAUUAACAACGAAACUCCAGAGGAUCCAGGCAUCGCAGUGACAGAAAUUAGGUGCUCUGUUAAUUCAAUGGCUGUUAAUCUAAUCAGCCUAAAAAAAUACUCAAACUCUCGAGACGUGAUUGGGAGAGUGGAGACGAGUUUCAUACUUUCAGCAAGUCUAAAAAAUGACAUCAAUUUGUGUUUGGAUAUACAAUUCUCUACACUGUUGCUGGCUGCAUCACAUAAUUCUAUUUAUCUAGCAAAAUGUUUAACAGACCGUAAAUGCGAAUCAGACUUUAAAUGUGUAUCGGUCCUUGAUAUUUGUCUGUCGGCCAAUCAACAAAAUGAGAUGGAGCUUCUCAUUGCGGUACCCUCCUUGGAGAUAUGGUUUCAUCUAUCUGAUUGGGUCAUGGUGAUUGAUCAAGUGAAUUCUUGCUUUCUCCAAUACCCUCAAGGUUCAGCUAUGAAUACUACCAGGUUGGGGGAUCUUUCAGUUCAGACCUCCCUGCAAUCUCAGAAUUUAUUAUCGCCAGAGUCAAAUAAGUUGGUAAACAAUGCUGUUGUUAUAAUUAUGAAGUCCAAAAACAUAAAUGUGUCAUGCCAUGUCCCUCUGUGGGUUAGUGAAAAUGCAACUCCUUUAUCAGAGGAUGUUGAAUCUCAUGGCUUGCAUACAGAAUCUCAUAAUGCAAUGGGCAGAGGAAAGGACACCAAAUUCCUAACAGUUGCUUUGCAGAGCCGAAGCUUUGAAUUGCAUCUCCGUGGCCCUGAUUUGAAAUUAAAAGCUAAUUUUGAAAAAACAACUGGAUCAGUGGGAAUAUGUGAGGGUGGUUCUGUACAGUCGUGGCCAUUCUUCCAGCUACUUCAGCUAGGCACAGAGAUACAGAUUUGUGAAUAUGAGGAAUUUCCAAUGAUGAGGGUCAAUGUUGAGAUCAAUUGUGAAGCUUUUGAUGUUUGGUUGUCACAACAAGUAUUUUACUUUUGGCAUGGCAUUAAGUUCAGAAAGGCGGAGGGUGACCAUUCAGAAAUUACUUUUGGGAGUAUGGAUAUGAAAUUGCAACUAAAGAAGGCCUCUCUUUUGCUCACUGAUGGAAGGUUGAGUGGUAAUGGGCCUCUGAUAGAAGUACUCAUGAGGAAUUUAACUGUUCUUGUGGAGAAUACCUCAAAGUUUUCAGCCGAAGGAGACCUGCUCAUCAACUACAAUAACAUUGACAAGGUUGUCUGGGAACCCUUGCUAGAACCUUGGAGCUUUCAGGUUAAAAUUAUCAGAAAUCGUGAUAAAAGUACUCCUCUUGACAGUGGCAUUAUCACAGAUAUACUGCUCAAAUCAACUACUCAAUUGAACAUAAAUAUCACAAAAUCAUUUUGUGAGGUUGUCUUAAGGGCCAUGGAGAUGAUCAAGGAAUCUAGGGGCCUGGUUCAGAUACACGAGGUUUCUAACAACCAUAGAUUAAAUAAUCUUCAGUGUGUUGAAAAUUUUUGCAUAAGAAGAUAUGCUUCUUAUACCAUCCAUAAUAUGACCUCCUUGCCCCUUGUAUUUCAUAUCUAUCAAGGGCUUGGCAAUGUUGAGAAGGUUGAUGUUUCAACUUCAGCAGACAAGAACACUGUUCCACCAGGUGCAUCCAUUCCUAUUUACAUUGAUGGGACGCUGGAGGAACAAGCGUUUAGUUAUAGACCAGCUUCUUCUUCUGAAGGACUUGGCAAAAAACUAUCAGGCAAGGCAGGGCAUUAUUUCAUGACCAUCAAAUUUGAGGGAACAUCUGAGGGUUCAGAACCAAUCUCCAUGGAUCUUGUUGGUCUAACGUACUUUGUGAUAAACUUUUCAAACGACAACAAGAGGGAAGAUGCAAAUGUUGGGCUUCUUGUACCGGUGGUGUUCGAUGUCUCUCUGCAGCGUUAUAGCAAGCUUAUACGACUGUAUUCUACUGUUAUAUUCAAGAAUUCAACGUCAAUGCCGUUGGAGCUACGAUUUGACAUCCCUUUUGGCAUGUCAUCAAAGAUUGUAGAUCCAAUCAAUCCCGGCGACGAAUUUCCUCUUCCUUUACAUCUUGCUGAAGCAGGUCACAUGAUGUGGCGUCCUCUUGGUAACAGUUAUAUGUGGAGUGAUGUUAAUCUUUCAAAGAUUCUUUCAACUGAAAGUAGGAGUGGGUCUUUGAGAUAUCUUGCUUGCAAUCCAUUUCAUCCAAGCAGUUACCUGUUUCGCUGUUGCCUAUCAGUUCAAGACAUAAGCUUGUCUUUAUCUGGGAGAAUGAAGAGAUCACCCGGUCUCAAUGGUUCUUUGAAGCAGUCAGUCGCAGCUUAUGAUCAGUUACACCAACAUAAAACACCAAAGACCAGGUUCAUUCGUCGUGUGACGCUGACCACGCCAUUAACUGUUAAAAAUUUUCUUCCUCAUGCAAUAUCUGUCACUAUAGAAGGUGGUGGAGCCACUCACACAGCAGUAGUCAGAGAGGUGGACGCCUCGUUUUUUCAUGUUGACUCUUCACAUGAUCUUGGUGUGACGUUCAAUAUUGAUAGCUUUGGUCCAGCAGCUGUUAAAUUCCCACCUGCAGAAACAUUCAGGGCAACAGCUAAAACUAGUGGAACUAUGUUAUCACUGACAGAAACUAUGACUUUAACUGCUGAUCUGUCUGAUGGUUCUCUAUAUGUUGUGGUUGAAAAGAUGAUGGAUUCUUUGUCUGGUGCUCGGGAACUUUGCAUAUCAGUUCCGUUUUUGUUGUACAAUUGCACAGGAUUUGCACUGACAAUUUCAAGAUCAGACAAUGAACUAAAAGGAAACUAUCAAAUUGUUCCUACCUGCUAUGAUUCAACUGAGAAGGGAUUAUUCAUUGAUCAUAAGGAUGGCCUUCACCUCUUAAUAUCUGAGGAUAGGGGCCUUAUGGGGAAGAGUCUGUCAAAAAAUCAUAUUAUCUCUUCUAAGGAAAUUGUCAAUCCACAUUCAGGGUUACUUACUACGCAGUCGUCAGUUUCACAUGGUUCUAUGUAUCGUCGUCUAUCUGUGAGCAAGUUGGAUUUGGCUGUACAAGGAGAUUCUCUAAGCUACUUGUCCAAGCCGUUGGAAACUGACAGUCAAUCAGAGUUCAAAUUCUCCAAUGUUUCAAAUAACGAGUGUCUAAAAGCUAGCCCAGUUAUGUACUCCCCUGAUCCAAGUGCUGUUGCUAGUGAAGUAAUGGUCAGAUUGACCAGGUACCAAUCUGAAGGUCCUGUAGAAAACUUACCCAGCUCAUCAUGGUCAAGCCCUUUUUUUCUUGUUGCUCCUAGUGGGUCAACUGCGGUUUUGGUUCCAGAACCAUCUAAAAGUUUUGCGGCUAUUAUAUCUGUGACCUCGCAUAUACUUGAUACACCACUUAUGGGACGAACAAGAGCCAUCACAUUCCAGCCAAGAUAUGUAAUCAGUAAUGCAUGCAGCAAGCCGUUGUCCGUAAGGCAGAAGGACUCAAAGAAAGAUAUUAAAUUAGGUGUUGGACAACAUUCUCAUCUUCACUGGAUAGAUACCACAAGGGAGUUACUUCUUACUGCCUGCUUUAAUGAACCUGGAUGGCAGUGGUCAGGCAGCUUUCUUCCUGAUCAUCUGGGCGAUACACAAUUGAAAAUGCGGAAUGUUUCUGGUGCAUCGAAUAUCAUACGAAUUGAAGUACAGAAUGCUGAUGUCAUUCAAAAUGAGAAGAUAAUUGACAACGCCAUUGGCAAGUCAGGAACAAUUUUCAUUCUUCUUUCUGAUGAUGACACAGGCUUCGUGCCUUACAGAAUUGAUAAUUUCUCAAACGAGACACUGCGAAUUUACCAACAAAAGUGUGAAACUCUGGAAACUACAGUUCAUCCAUACACUUCGUGCCCUUAUGCUUGGGAUGAGCCUUUUUCCCCCCAUCGACUAAUUAUUGAGGUUCCUGGAAAGCGCACAUUGGGAUCAUAUACACUUGAUGAUGUAAAGGAAUAUCCACCAAUAAAUUUGGCAUCAUCUUCAGUUUCGUCAGAGCAGAUGCAUGAGAGAACAUUGCUUUUAUCAGUACGUGCAGAGGGUGCAAUGAAGGCCCUCAGUGUUAUUGAUUCAAGUUGUCAUGUAUCGGAAGAGGUGAAAUGUCCAAGUUCUAUUUCAACAGGGGGGGAAAAAGAAAGUAAAGAAGGGGUGGGAAUGUAUCUUGAUUACAAGGAGAAGGUAUCUGUCAAGCUAUCGUUUGUCGGAAUCUCCUUGAUGGAUUCAUCUCCUCAGGAGUUGCUUUAUGCAUCUGCGAAGGACAUAAGAAUUGAUUUUCACCAGAAUGUGGAGCGACAAAGUUUUUCCUUCCAAAUCUCAUCGUUACAAAUUGAUAAUCAAUUGCGUGGUACGCCAUAUCCAGUUGUUUUAUCUUUUGAUGAAGACUUCAAAGGAAGCCUUGUCAGCCAAUUGAUAAAUAAAGAUGGUGGAACGAAGACUAAAAUUGAAAGUAUGAUGACUUAUGCUGUUGGGAUCUCCUCUGAACCUAAGAUUUGUGUGGUGGUUUCAAAAUGGAGGAACAAAGAGAUGAUGUUACUUUCAUUUGAAUAUAUAAGCUUAAGGAUUGGAGAUCUGUCCCUUGAGCUUGAUCUGGAGCUGCUUUUGAAACUACUUGAGUUUAUUAAGGCAAUCCCUUUGUUAAAUUCUGAUAUUUCAGAAUCUGUGAAUAAUGAUGUAUGCAAGCCGGGUAUAGUGGACAAGUCUUUUUCUUUUGCUCCACAGAAUUCUGAAUAUUUGAGAGAUAUUGGAGAUCAUCAGUUCCCAAAGAGACUGUAUACUCUAUCUGAAUAUCACACCAGUACCACAUCAUUGCCAGAAGUAGUUCCAAUUGGAGCUCCUUGGCAGAACAUUUAUCUUCUGGCAAAAAGACAAGAUAAGAUUUAUGUAGAAGCUUUUUCGUUGGCUCCUGUUAAAAUGUCAUUGAGCUUUUCAAGCAAUCCAUGGAUGCUCAAAACAGCAGGUUUGUCAUCUGGUGAAUCUCUCAUCCAUAGAGGUAUAAUGGCUCUUGCUGAUGUUGAAGGAGCACAAAUAUGCCUCAAGGAACUAACCAUUACGCAUCAUAUGGCUAGUUGGGGUUCCAUUCAAGAAAUCCUCCUCAAGCAUUACACCAGGCAGUUUCUUCAUGAGAUGUACAAGGUGUUUGGCUCUGCUGGUGUAAUUGGAAACCCGAUGGGCUUUGCUAGAAGGGUUGGGCUUGGUGUCAAGGACUUCAUUUCGGUUCCAGCAAGAGGGGCUCUGCAGAGUCCUUCUGGGUUGAUCUCAGGAAUGGCUCAAGGCACUAGUAGCCUACUUAGCAACACACUGUAUGCUAUGAGUGACACUGCAACACAAUUCAGUAAAGCUGCUCACAAGGGAAUUCUUGCUUUUACAUUCGACGACCAUGAUGUCUCAAAAAUGGAACAACAAAGGGUCGUAACUUCUUCUCAGAGCAAAGGUGUAAUACAUGAAAUGUUUGAGGGAUUAACUGGUCUUCUGCAAUCGCCUAUUAAAGGAGCUGAGAAGCAUGGAAUUCCGGGGGUUCUGUCAGGACUUGCCUUAGGUGUUACUGGGCUUGUGGCAAAACCUGCAGCUAGUGUGCUUGAAGCCACAGGAAGGACUGCACAAAGUAUAAGAAAUCGGAGUAGACUUUAUCGACCAGGAACACAUCACUUGCGUGCUCGUCUUCCGAGGGCUUUGAGUGCAGAACGGCCUCUGGGGCGUUAUUCUUGGGAUGCAGCGAUUGGUACAGCUGUGCUCUUGGAGGCUGAUGGUUCAAAAUUCAGGGAUGAAGUCCUAGUAAUGUGCAAAGCACUGCAGGUUGCUGGUGAAUUUGUUGUUCUUACUGAAAAACUCAUCUUGAUCAUUAGAUGUUCUAGUCUAGUAGAUCUAGGAAAGCCAGAGUUUCAAGGCAUUGUCUCGGAACCAGAGUGGAUAUUGGUAGCUAAAAUUGCUUUGGAAAGUGUGAUACAUCAUAAUGUAGAUGGAGAAGUUGUGCACAUUGUUGGAAGCAGUUCGGAAACCCUUAUUGGGCAAAGUCAACAUCAACAAAGGAGGACUGGAGGUAGGAUGAAGCUAUGGAGUAAAUCUGUAAAUCCACUUCCACUCUUUCAGACCGAUUUGGCAUUCACUUCCCAGGAAGAUGCUAACUACUUUCUGAAAGUUCUGUCGUCUGCGAUUGACAAGGGAAGAGAUCAAGGUUGGGGAAAGGUGUACCUUCUUUACCAAAGUAAUUCAAGAAAGUGAAUAGUGUAUUUCUAGCAAUGUAAAAAUGUGUAGAUGUAUUUGUAUCCUGUAAAUAUACACAAUUUUGUCUCUUGUUUUGUUUCCUUGUUCUUCUUGAUUAUAGAGCUUAUGCAUCUCACACCUUGUAAAUACAGUGUAUAGAAACAUGUACAUGCAUGUUCACUUUUUACAUAUAGAUGUUCUAUUACAAGCAAAAGUUUUUGCGCUUUUACAAAAUUACGUAGUACUCUGUACUA